CCAGAAACGCCUAGGCACAUUUGAAAGAGAGAUAGAAAAGAGUUUUAUCAAAUAUGGCAAUUUUCUUUUCUCUUUCGUGUCUCAAUUCCUGACAAAACCAAAGUCAUUCUACACAAGAGACAAAUUCCUUUGCUUUUCUCGUUAACACAAUUUCUGUCUGAAUCUUUAUGUUGUUGUUGUUAUAAACACACCCUGUCUUUGUUCCUUAACUUUGUGGAACGCUCCCAUUGUUCUGUUCCGCAUCAGAAAUCACAAACAGGUUUGGGUCUCGCUUUUCUCUCCUUACUCAAUCAGUCAGUAUGAUCUAGAUUAUGAUCCUGUUUCGGCUUGAUAUCCAGUUCAUGUUCUUUGUCAUGCAGUUUCCUUUCCUAGUAUCUGAUGAGUAAAUGGUUCGAGGAUUGAAUCUUCUUUCAUACACUAUUCAAAAGAUAAAGUUUUCAGAAUCUAUGUGAAGAGGGUCUCAAAUAAAUAGCUAUAUAUUUUAGUCGCUGCUUGAAGUUGAAUUGGUCUAUCAAAAGAAGUUGAAUUGGGAAUUUCUAUUUCAGUUCUUCUCUGGAAUUUUGAAUGUAAGAUUGUGUAAGAAACACAUGAUAAAGUCCGUGAUGUGGUCAUCAAAAAUAGAGAGGAAAUGGCUAUUUCCUGUCAUCAUAUUCUCUAUUCUAUGCAUACUAUUUCUAGUCACAUCCUUAACCAUGAGUAUUGCCCAUUCAAUGCAAUCAAUCAACUCAAUCUUCUUCUUUCUUCCAUUUCACCCAAAUGCAAACCGAACCUCUAUGGCUUUUGCUGAGACUAAGGCCCCUCCUUCUCCUUCUCCUGAUCCAUCUGCAACUUAUGCACCUUCAAUUCCUCGCUUUGCCUAUUUCAUUUCUGGAUCGAAAGGCGACUUGGAGAAGCUUUGGAGAACUCUUUUUGCUCUUUAUCAUCCAAUAAACCAGUAUGUUGUUCAUCUGGACCUUGAAUCACCGGCAGAAGAAAGAGGACCAAGCAUGGUUGCCAAUACUCUUCAUGCUUGUGCUAUUCUACUCAAGAGAAGUAAAGACUGGGACUGGUUCAUCAACCUUAGUGCUUCUGAUUAUCCUCUUGUGACCCAGGAUGAUCUUAUAUCCACAUUUUCUGGUUUGGAUAGAAACCUGAACUUCAUUGAGUAUACAAGCAAGUUAGGAUGGAAAUUUGAAAAACGGGCAAUGCCUUUAAUUGUAGAUCCUGGGCUUUACAUGUCAACCAAGAGUGAUGUAUUUUGGGUUAAUCCUAAAAGAACUUUGCCAACAGCAUUUAAACUAUUCACUGGUUCAGCCUGGACAGUUUUAUCACGAGGACUAGUCGAAUAUGUUAUCUGGGCUUGGGACAAUCUUCCUAGGAUCCUUCUCAUGUAUUACACUAACUUUAUCUCCUCCCCAGAAGGCUACUUUCAGACCAUUGUCUGCAAUGUUCCAGACUAUGCAGAAAAAACUGUCAACCAUGACUUGCACUAUAUUUCUUGGGAUGUCCCUCCCAAACAGCAUCCUCACACCCUUUCUCUCAACGACACAGCAAAAAUAUUUGCGAGCAAUGCUGCAUUUGCAAGGAAGUUUAACCAAGAUGAUCCUGUCUUGGAUGUGAUUGACAAGAAGUUACUGCAUAGGAAGAAAGGAAGAUUCACCCCGGGUGGUUGGUGUUCUGACAAGACCAAAUGUUCAAAGGUCGGAGACCCUCGGGAAAUCAAACCUGGUCCGGGAUCUCAAAGGCUUGCUAGUCUUUUAGCUAAAUUGUCAAACGGAGGUAGAUUAUUAACUAACAGUCAAUGUGAAUAGAUUCUAUGGGGAAAUCUCAUGGUUGGAGCUGUAAAGAGAGAUCUGAACUUUUAGCCAUCGUUGCCUCUGUAUUCAGAGCCAAAAAUGGCAUUACUGUCAAUCUUUCUUUUUUCUUUUUAAUGUUAAAUAGAAGUUACACACAAUUUCUUGCAUUACAAGAAUGAGAUAAGUUUUUUUUUUGCCCUUUUUAAAAAGUACUUGCGACCAGAUUCUUCAUUUUUGGAGGAUUCAAUGUUGUGGAGCGGAGCUGUAGAAGAUCAUAAUCAGUUGAUUUCAUGUUUAGAUUGAAGAAUGUUAUAGCAAACAUUGGAAACUAUACAGCAAAAUUUUGUCUUUUCUUGUUGUAUCAUACACUUAAUGAAUUAUGAUGUUUUGUUGCUUUACUCUCA